GUCGCCGCGUCCCCCGUCACCAAACAGGCGAGCACCGUCCUCCGGUCCUCCCCUCUCGCUCGCUAUCCUACCCCCGCCCGAGGAGGCGAGCAGGCAGGCGCGGCGCAGGGAGGCGGCGGCGCUGGCCGCCGGCGCCUCUUGCCAGCGGCGGCGCGAGCUGCUUCUGCUUGCCCGGGAGGGCGCGCAGGAGGGCAACAGCGGAGGCCGGCGGACGAGCGGGCGGUGCUGUACAGCGGCGGCGCCUUCGACCGGCCGAGAAGGCGCCGAGCCAGGUAAGGGGCCAUGUCUUCUACAAAGAGAGGAGGAGCUCGCAGUAGACGUGGACGUGGAAGAGGUGCCGUGGCAAAAAAUGAUAUGGAUCAUCUCGACACCUCUGCACCUUCUUCUCCAAGCUGUGGAGCAGUUAAAGUUACGGCAUCACAAGCCUUUAAAAUUUCACGAGAGAUAUCGCCCUUAUCUGAGGGAUGCAGGUUUGCUUGGGCUCUCACAAGUAUGCCACAAGAUGCCUCAGUUGGACAAAGCGUUGAUUACUGCCCUUGUUGAGCGUUGGAGGCCAGAGACCCAUAGCUUCCACUUGGCCUGUGGGGAGAUCACUGUUACACUUCAAGAUGUUGCAAUGUUGUUUGCUCUUCCUAUUGAUGGUCGUCCAGUUUGUUCUACCACUGAUCAUGAUUAUGCGCAAGUGGUCCUUGAUUGUUUUGGUCAGGACGCAAGGGGGCCAGCAAUGCCUGGAAAAUCCUUCCUGCAUUAUAAAUGGCUUAAGAAGAACUUCUAUGAAUUACCAGAGGAUGCAGAUGACAUGACAGUCGAAAGGCAUGUUCGAGCAUAUAUCCUGAGCCUUUUAUGUGGGGUGCUCUUUCCUGAUGGGACAGGAAGGAUGAGCCUGAUAUAUCUUCCUCUGAUUGCCGAUCUUUCAUGUGUUAGCACAUACAGCUGGGGUUCUGCGGUUCUGGCAUUCCUAUACCGGUCUCUUUGUUCUGUUGCCUCCUCCCACAACAUCAAGAACAUUGGGGGUUCAUUGCUUCUCUUGCAGCUUUGGAGUUGGGAGCGGUUUCAUGUUGGCAGACCACUGGUUCGGUCUCCAUGCGCAGAGUCAGGUAUCGAGCAGGACUUACCCCCAAUUGGCUUCCGUUGGGUGGGAGCUCGCACACAAAGUGACAACGCUACUCGCUCCCUUAAGCAGUACAGAGAUGAGCUGAACCUGCAGCGAGCAGAUCAGGUGAAGUGGGAGCCCUACCUGUUUGUAGAGUCCUCAGCCCUACCCCCACUUUGUACAAGAGAUGCAGAUCUGUGGCUUACACAAGCUCCACUAAUAAACUUCCCUAUAGUUGAGAUGUAUUUGCCCGAGCGAGUGAUGCGGCAAUUUGGCCUUCGUCAGUGCAUUCCACCACCUUUUCGGCCUACGCUACAGACAUUGCAUCGUAUUAGUCGACGUGGCAGAGAACGUGAAAACUGGGAAGAAACACACCAUGAGUAUAUCCAGGAAUGGGAAGCCCGACGACAGCGCAUAUUUCGAGAUACAGAGCAAUAUGAUCCAUCUUCUUAUGAGGAGUACCUGAGCUGGUACUCAGGAGCCACGCGACGGUACCUUGUCCCAGCAACCAGUGAUGAUGCUGAAGCAGGACCUUUGCCUCCAGCUGGUGAUUCCUUGGAUCUUCAGAAUCAAGACAAGUCUCCAUUGAUCCGCAAAGCGGUUGAUAAACUGGAAGGUAUGGUUGAGAGGGCCAAGAGAGCCAUGACAUCUACAGCUGAUACGACCACCCAAGCCUUGGUUGCUGAGUUUCUGCAUGGGUUUCAAGAUGUCCUGCAAGACCUUAGUGAGGUCCGUACUAGUCCACAUGUUGACACAGCUGCCAGUCAGCAGUCAACUCAGUUUUUGCUUGGAGCAGAACAAAACAUAGAUGCCAACCAAGAAGAUCAACACCAGGAAGAUGAAGAAUUUAACACAGUGGAGCACGUUUCGUGGACCCUCGAGCCUAUGGAUGAGGAAAACUGUGAUUCAGCUGCCCCAGCCACUGAAAACUAUGAUACAGACACUGCUGUGACUAACUUGGUACAGCCCAGCGAGGAUCUUCAGCAGGAUGAACAUCUAGAGGAUCACUCUGAAAUAGAGCAGACUAUGUUUAUGGUGGAACCAAAGUGUGAGGAAGAUGAUGGUUCGAACUUUGUGCUCCCAUCAAGUCCUCCAGAACUGAUGCUGGAGGAGCAGGGCGACUCACCAGCUGAGGAACAGGAUGACUUGGCUGCUCUAGGUAGUGAAUCAUGUGCUGUACAACAGAGCCUUGAGGGAGAGGCCGAUGAUCAAGAAAACCCUAACACAGCUGAGCAUGACGGCUUGAUGUUGGAGCAUACGGAUGAGGAAAACAACAAUUGUAAUGGUGUUUCUUCUUCCUGCCCAGCGUCAUCUGCCAUAGUUGAUCCCAUCCAAAUCAAGCUGUGAUCAUCCCUUUGUUACCUAUGUAGGCAUUAGAUGUGAUUUAGCAAUUUAUUUGCAGAUUUAACAUGAGAUGUUAGUUUGUUUUUUUUUUGUUGAUGCUGUGACUUGUUUUUGUUGUGGAUGCCUGGUAAUUUGAGGGACAAUAUGGGUGUGAUUGGUUCGCAUCCAAAAUGUUGGCAUGCUAAAAUGUGGGCGAGACCAUAAUUUUUGGCACUCAGUUUGGUUGAAGGCCAAAAAGUAGCCCACAUAAUCA